AGUUGAUUAACCACACCACAUCUUCUGCACCCCCCAUAUAUACACACACAUCAUGUCAGAAGAAGGUACUGUCGCCGCCCGCGCGUUCCCAGACUCCACAUUCAAAUGGCCAAGACCGUUCGGUAACUUGAGUAACGCUUCUGCGUACCCACCUUUCACUCCAGUUGACACUAAAAAGAGAACUUCUCAAGUAUUCAAGUUCUCCUUCUACACCACUGCAGGUGCUUACGCCUGGUUGUACGUCUGGAGAAGAUCUACCUUCAAGUUGGGUUUGCCUGCCACUGUCAUUGCAUUUGCCACUGUUGCUACUGGUGCCAAGGCUAUGAUCACUAACAUAAGAGAAAAGAACGAUGGUUGGAACACUCUUUGGGGUGUUGCCGCCGGUAACUUGACCGUGUUGACUGUUGGCUUCAAGUCCAUGCCAUUGAAGCACAAGAUCCUCACUGGUGUUUCUGGUGCUGUCGCCGCUGCAUUUGUUGACCACUUUAGAUGGUCUCAAUCUACCUCUUCUGCCUACACUGAUGUCACUUACGAAAAGGCCAACACAGACGCUGACUUACCUCAACAAAAGUUCUGGGACGUCUGGCAAAGAAGACCUUUAUCUCAAACCGUUGAUCAAUUGGGAGAAGGUCGUGGGUUCUUGAAGCCAUAAGCAUAUAAACAAUAUACAGUU